UCUUUCUUUCUUUCUUUUGCUUCUUUCAUGCCUCAUUUGCUUCCAGCUGCUGUAUCAUAUAAAUUUUCGCAGUGAGGGAUCAACAGCGACAUAUCAUUUCUGAAGCUUUCUGAAUUACAAAGUUUUUGUGAGUCUUUGAAUGCAACAAAGCCCAGAGCGCAAUAAAACACACCUGCACUAAUUAAUUAGCCUCUAUCUUGUCUUAUUUCUUCAAUAAUGGCUUCCUGGAUAAAAUGUGGGGAUGUGGCCCUCUUUUCCAUCAUUUUUCUGUCUUUUUCUGGUGUUUCUUUCGCUGAAAUUAAGGACGUGGAAACUCGGGAGAGUCUCGAUAUUCAGUGCGGUGAAGUCAAAAUGAGAAUAACCGUGAAGCGACAGUUUUUCCAGGACAGAGGUGUUCCGUUCAAACCCGAGUAUCUUCGACUUGGAGGUAACCUGACUCGGAAAGAGUCCUGCGGCCCGAAGGGACCGCUGUCUGACGGUGAAAUGGUCAUUUCUGCUGGGCUGCAGGAAUGUGGCACCGAGUCUCAUGUUCACAGUGAGUGGCUUGUGUAUUCCAACAAGCUGCACCUGCUUUCUGCUGUGCUUCAUACUUCUACAGGCAGCGUCAUAAUUAAAGGGGCGACUACCAUCAUACCUGUUGAGUGUCACUAUAAGAGAAAGCAGAAAGUCACAAUGGGGCUGUUAUCCCCUACCUGGGUACCGCUGACAUCCACGAUUAAUGUCUUUGGCUUUCUGCGCUUCUCCCUACGUUUCAUGACAGGUCAAACUACCAUGUUGCUGAAUCUGAACUGUAUCAGUGUAAGAUUUCUCUGUAAUAUUGUUUCUAACUGGAGUACGUAUUCAAAUAUCAUGUCUGUCUGUUCCUACUCAGAUGGUUGCACCUCUCGGCGUAGUCCUUUAGUGUACCAGCAGGGGGAAGCAGUGUUUUUGGAGGCCAGUGUGGAUGCCCCACUACACCCUCCUCUCACUAUAUAUGUGGACUCUUGUGUGGCUACUCUGAAGCCUGACCAUCUCUCCUUGCCAAGCUACAAGUUUCUCACCAAGCAUGGAUGUCUUGUGGACAGUUUACUGCCAGGCUCUCCAUCUAAAUUCUUCCCAAGGGAACAAAAUAACAGACUGUGCUUCAGCGUCCAAGCCUUCCAGUUCAACCAGAAGUCAGGGGAGCAGAUGUUCAUCAGCUGCCAUCUUAAGGCCACUCUGACACAAAACUCGCACACCCACCUCGAUAAAGCCUGCUUCUUCCAUAGACCUUCAUUCAGCUGGCGUGCCACAGAGGGAGACAGUUCUCUUUGUGAGUGCUGUGACUCUGUUGACUGCUCUGGAAUGACUGCAGAGAAUAGAAGUGGCCACGCUGGACCCACAACUCAACCAGAGACAGGUUGUUCAGCCUUUUACAAGCCUACACAAUGUUGCUGAAUGCAAAUGACGAUGGCUAAGCUGUUAAAAUGUAAAUGUUUUUUUUUGACAGAAAACAAGCUCGAUGCUUACAAGACAGUUGGGCCACUUUACACCCUGAAACGCUCCCUGUGGGGGGGGCGUCUGAUAGUCAGUCACUAAAGAGACCUCCAUCUUUACAAUUAGGUGGGUACAAGGACUGUCGCUGUUUAAAUAAUGCAUCCAUCGCAUAAUGUCUUUCCCAUGAUUCAGAGUAGAUAUUGGACUCUAACCCAUCCGGAAAAUUGUAUCACUGACUCGUACUGAUUUAUUCGUGGAUGCUUCGACAAAAUUCAGUCAAACUCUUUAAAAAUGGAACUUAUUUUUUUGUUUACCUUCGAUCCUGGAGGCUGCUAACACCUGUACUUUUCUGUAGCCAUCAAAAACUCUCCUUACUUGUGACAACAGACAGAAAAUGUUGGCAGAAGAGAUGACAUUGUCAGAAUGUUCCAAGUGCCAACUUUGAAUA